AUGGAAGACCUCAAAGGCAAAGUCAUCGCCGUCACGGGUGCAGCAUCCGGAAUUGGGCUUGCAACUGCUCAACUACUGUUCUCUAUCGGGGCCAAGUUAUCCUUGUCCGAUAGAUCACCCAUUCCACUUGAACAAGCCACCCAAGCCCUUCUCGCCGCGCACCCAAGCCGUGAUAGGCAAGACAUCCUGACAGCAGAGGUCGAUGUCACAUCUAGUGCAAAGGUCACUUCCUGGAUCGAAGAGACUGUCAAGAAAUUCGGCAGACUUGAUGGGGCAGUUAAUUCAGCAGGAAUCAGCGCUGUCCAGAUGGGCCGGGGCCGGAUCCGCGACCUGAGCGAUGAGAGCUGGGCUCUGUGCAUGGGAAUCAAUGCCACGGGUGUCUUCUACUCUAUGCGUGCUGAGCUCAACGCCAUGGUUAACGGAGGGAGCAUUGUCAAUCUGGCAAGCCUGGCUGGUGUGAUCGCAGUCCCUGGAGCUGCGGAAUACGGAGCGUCGAAGCAUGCAGUGGUUGGUCUAACAAAGACUGGAGCCAGAGAAGAGGGCCAAGCUGGCAUUAGAGUCAACGCAGUCGCACCUGGCCAGAUAGAUACUCCAAUGACUCAGAGUGUUCCUGCGGAGUUUACAACCUUUCUGAAAGAGAAGGUUUCCAUGCAGCCCAUCUCGAGACAGGGACGAGCCGAGGAGGUUGCGGCGUUGAUUUGCUUUCUUCUUAGUGAAAGACUCUCGUCUUUUAUAACGGGCCAGAUCAUUCGCAUCGAUGGGGGAUCUUCAGUGUAG